AUGUUGUUCUUUAUAUAUUUUUUGUUUCCGGGGAAUAGCGAAUCAUGCGACUCAUUUUCUAGCGGAAGCAGUACAAUUCAGUUUCAAGUAGAAAGUCGCAAUAAAUACAAAGUUGAAUUUAAAAAGCAAUUGCAGCUUGAAGGCUUUGGACUUGGCAGAGAAUUACAAAUAAAAACUGUUUUGAUAACAAAGCAAAGGAUUUCACAAUGUCGAAUUCUGUAUAAAGUAGAUAUUCCACCUGAACUUUAUAUCGACGAACGAGAGUAUGCCACAUUAUCACUGACCGCUGUGGGUGAACAUUUGACUUUCAGGCUGCUUGAUCUCAUGCCAACCUACGAGUUUGUUUUUCCGGAGCAUACCAUGUCCACAAAAACGGUUAGUUUCUUAUUGCAAAGCUUUCAAUUUGCGUCUUCAGGUAUAUGCACUGAACAAAAAAUCUUUUAUAUCCACAUUUAACAUCAAGGAUGUGCUUCAUUUAAAACUUCAUUUAUAUCCACCCUCAAAAGGUCCAGAUCAGUCUAUCUUUAUUUGUUUUUUGCACAUUUUCUUACUUGUAGAUAAAAUUUCUGGAAUUCAAUUCCAGCAACCGUCAAUAGCUAUUGACUGCAAAGGGAUUGCGCGGAACAAUUGUUCAACCCUAGUAGUUCCUAAAGGUAUAAAACAGUCUGUAAAAAAUUUAAUAUAUAAUAUUACCCCUAGAUAAGAGAUUGAAACCUGUCUCAAGAAAUUGGGUUGUAAUUUCGACCACUAAAAAGCCAAUCGAAAUUGACGUUUUCCGGAUUCCGGCCACUGACUUGGACUACGAUUUCAGUUUUUUUUCUGGUGUUCUUCUCAUUCUUACCUUAUCGUCCACCCUAUUUUAUUUGCUUUUUUGACAGUGCUUAAAGGAGUUAUUGGAAUUUUGCACCAAUUCCUGAUUUUGUUUCACGAUUUCUUUAAUACUUUUCUCAAAAUGUUUUGUGCAUUUGCUAAGCAGUUGCUCGAAAUGCUUUCAGGAACUUCUCAAAGUUUGCACACUUUUCAAGAAAAAUUUAUUAUUUUGAGCACGUUUACUGUUUCAAGAAACCUUCAACUAUGACAAAAAAUUUCAGUUGCAGGCAUAUACCGAUUUUUCUCUUUUCUGCGUCUCACAAGAUUGAUUUGUGUCAACGCAGAGACGUAGUUUAGCGUUUCGUUGUCUUUUUCUCUAUGUCUCUUAUGUUGUUGUGUAUGAUAGAAACAAAUUGGAAUUUGCUUUUAUACACUUUUCGAACACAUUUAUUCAAUUUGGAAAUUGUCAAUAAUAAAUGUGUAAUACUGAACAUCCUAAAUAAAGCAGCUUUCUGGAACAAUGUUGUAAGGAAAGUUUGAAUGACAUUUGAUUUCUGAUUAGUUUAUGCGGAACUGAUAACCGAUGUACAAUAACAAUUUCAAAAACCAACGAUAACGAAAUUUUUUCAAACCAGUAUUUGCCUUCACCAUUCUUUGCUUAUACCUCAUUUUUUCACUUCAUGACCUUGCUACUCUCUGCGCGCUAGCAAUGCGCCCGUUCAAAUUCCAAUGCAUGCAUGCUUUAUGUCUUUGCUGCGUAUACAGAACCUCCUGCUGACACGAGUCAUGAAAUAUUUGCUUCCCCCUUUUCCCUCCCCUUGCAUGAAGACCUGUCGCUCUUUCUUCUCCGAGCUCCUUUCAAUUCAUUAUCCACCUUUCACAUUUUCGUAUACGUAUACGAACGCGUUUCAAUCGACUUGCAAAGAAGAAUGUUUUCAGAAGCUCGAAUCGAAUGCAUGAGUAAAACAAUGGAAAAAAGAGACGUGACGGAAGAAGCAACAAGUUCUUUUCAAGUUUCUAAAGAUUCUAUAACUGGUAUGUUUUCAUGUCAAAUUCUGAAUACGUGUUUAUAUAAAUAGAACUCUAGGACUACAAAAAAUAUACACGACUACACAGUUACAUAGUAAUAAGAAAAUAAAUGAAUAACCACAGAUGACGAUUGAACAAAGAGGUGCUUUGAAGGAUUUCGAAAAAAGUUUGAGUGAAUUCAACAUUUUGCGCUGAUGGAAAACUUGAUAUAGAAACAAUUCAAGAUUAAUCAAAAUCUGAAAAUUCGGGCUUUUCAGACUAGUCUGACCACUUUCGUCUAUAUUUAACAGUGCGUUCAAUAUUGAUAAGACCCCUUGUAUUUUGAAGGUAUGACCAAAACGAGAAUAGUUAUGAAAAUUCUGUGAAUGCAGUCCAAUUUGCGAUUCGAAAAAAAACCCCGGUUCCCAUUUUCUCAGGUGGUUGCACAAAAAAAAACUGGGACACUGGCUUUGAAUAAUCACUUAUUGAGGCGUCCAAUAAUGAUAAGACCUCUCCCAAUUUAAAGAAAAUUUGUCAGAUUUCGGGCUAUUAAAAAUACAAAUAAAACCUGAGAAAUAACCAUUUGUGUGUGAGAGCCUCUUCAACUCGUUCCCUGAUGCUUAAACAAGGCCAAUAACCUCAAUUCUUGACUAGAGAGUCAUACCUUGUGUAUUGUUACCCUUUUCUGUGUACCCGCUUUCACCUUACCUUCACAAGAUUAAAAUAAUUGUCUCUGGUACCCUUUGGAUAAGUGCGAUCAAGAUCUAUCCGCUCUGCGUCCUUCUAUGAUAUCAGUUGUUCAAUGUUUUCUGUACAAUAAGAUCACUUCAUUAAAUGGAAGAAAGCAGAUAGAUCAAAUGAUAUCAAAGAGGGGUUCACACUGGGCAGAUCUUGGUCAAACUUAUCCGAAGGGUACUAGAGACGAUCAUUCUUAUCCUGUGAAGGUCAGGGGAGAGCGGGUAUAGAAAGAAUAGGAUAAAAAUUGAAAUCUAUUGAAAAACAUUUCUCAAGUUAAGAAUUGAGGUUACUGGUCUUGUCUGAACACCAGAAAACGAGUUGCUCGUGAAGACCACAAACAAAUAAUGUUUAUUUCUCAGGAUUUACCUCUUGCACGAAAUAGCAGCAGGAAAUUAGCCACAUUUCCCUCAAUUUGGGAUGGGUCUUGUCAUUAAAUAGUUUUCGUGCAGCCACCUAAAAAAACUUGAACCGGGGUUUUUUUUUCACAUCACAAAUAGAACAGCAUGCCCAGAAUUCAUUCUUAUGACUAUUCCCGUUUUGGCUGUACCUUCAAAAUUUUUUGGGGUCUUAUCUUUAUUGGAAGCACUGUAGUAAUAAAUCAAAGCUUGUACGGUUAAAAACAAUUUAUUAAAUUAUGAUUUUUAUCUCUUCCAGAAACAGGGGCACGAAAAUUUGAAGAAGAUGAACAUCCACCUCUGGAAGCACGGCAUUUGAAUAUGAUUCAUGAAGAACUGGAAAAAUUGAACAUUUCCACUGAUGUCAUCAACAAAAUGGAAGUACAGUUAGAUCAAGCACGAGCCGAUUUCCGGUAUUCGAUAUGAAAACAACAAAAGGCGUUGAUUUUUUUUUAAAGAGAAACACAUGUGCAUUGGUCGGAAAAACUGAAAGAACUGUCAAAACAGUACUGCAAUCAGAUUGCAAAAGCAAGACCUUUCUAUGAAUUGAAGGUUGAGGUCAGUUUUGUGAGUGCACUGAUUUUUUCAACUGAAAUUUCUUUUCAGGAACGCACACUUCGGGAAGAGUCACAAAAAGCAGCGGAAAGAUUCGAAAGGGCAACAUCAAUUCUCGCUGUCGCGAAAAAACAAGUAUCGCUCACACAAGAGAGCUUAUCACGGCAAACUUCGAUUCUCCCCGAAUGCUUGGAGGUACUUUAAUAUCUUUGAGUGAUCACACUUGAAUGUGAGCUCUACAGGUUCUUAAUCAUCACAUUCAAAGAGUUCGAGAAGUAGAAGAGGAGCGAUCAGUAGCUGAAUCGGUUCAUGCUGCCAAAGCUCAUUCAAUGUUACAUCUUGCCGAAAAAAUUAGGGUUAUGGAAAAAACUAACAGGUCUGUCAUAGAAAGUCAUGAAAAAAAAUAUUUUUGUUUAUAGAUCUGCAAUCAAGAAAUCGCGACUCUACUUUGAAAAACGGUUAGAGUUUACUAAAAUUCUUGAAGAGCAGAAAAAAACAAUUCUUUGUCUUGAAGCAGAGGUGAGCAAGCAAAUUGGUUUGUAAUAAUCUGGUUUAUGGUAUUCAGGUUCGCAUAAAGAAAAACGAUUACACAGCAUCUCUUCGAAAUUUGGAAAAAAUCAGUGAACAAAUUCACGAAGAGCGUUCAACAGGCUUUCCAGAAGGAACCAAUCAAACAGACGAGCAUCCGGACUCUGAUAGUCCGGAAAAAUCAGGAAAUGACGACAUUCCUGGUAACCCUCCUCCAUACGCCCCAACGGCUCCUCCACCUUAUGAUGAUAAAUAUUUAAUUGAAAAGGUUAGUGAAAAAUCUUGCUAAAACUAAAUUUGUCACUGUGUUCAGGACGAUGAUUCAAUUGUAUUAAACAUGAUGAAAGCUGAACAGGAAGAAAAAAAUGAGCAGCAAACUAUGCGUUCAUUGGGAUCUGGAGUUAUAUUGCUAGCUCAACAGUUGAUUCGAAGUGGUACUGAAAAACAUCAUCCAACCCCGGCGCGGUAAUUUUAGUUUCAACUAAUUUUUCUGCAAUGCAUUUUUCAGUCAUGAAAAUGAGGACGCAAUCAGUUAUAAAACUAGACCCAUUGGUCUUUCUGACGGCUCGGACAAUUCGGAGGUUGGCGUUUUUUCAAACAAGAAGAAAAAUAAAAUUGUUCCAGGUUUCAUCUCUCUCAUCUUUCCACAUAGGUGAUGACGACACUGUCUCCAAAAUGCUCAUGAGCCACUCUGAACUUAUAAAGGUACAUAUUCUGUAAAUUUUCUUAUUUUUUCAAUUACUUUUUUUAGGACAUAGAAAGCGCUACGGACCGUGUUGGUCACAUUCUCAAACCUGCAAUGAAAAGCGUCUCUGAUGUAAAUGAGUAG